AGGUUUUUCCUGACACAUGUAUCACAGAAGACGCACUCUUGAAAUGUUUUUAGGUCAAAACUAAUUGACUUUCAAAAAAAGCAACAACCCGUGCUAAGCGGGUCUUAUAUCUCUCAUCCCAAACAUCAUGAUGUAUGACCGCACAACUGAGUUCAUAAAUGUGGCGCAAUCGCUACAUCAAAAUACGACAAUUCCCUCAACUAGAGUAAGAAAGGACACUUUGCCUUCAGUUAUUAAAGAUAUCAACCAUACAGCAAAAAAAAUCAGUGGCCGCAUUAAUGUAACUGCGCAAUGGUUAAAAGAUUUGGCUAAACUAACGAAGGUUAAGUCGAUAUUUCAGGAUCCAGCUGAGAAAAUUGAGGAGCUUGUAAAUACCAUUAAAGCGAGCAUUCAGUCCAUCCGUAUCGAACUUGAAGGCCUAGAACAACUUAUCGCCUCUCAGCCCAUGCCAAACCACCAAUUAAAGGAACACCACGAACUGAUGGCCACAGUAUUAAAGACGAAUUUAGCGGAAAUAACCACAGAGUUUACAAAUCUAUUGCGAAUUCGAACUGAAAACCUCAAAGCCCAACAAAAUAGAAAAGAAAAGUUUGUAGGAUCGAGACAUCAUAUUUCUUCUCAUUUACGCCAUCCUUAUGAUGUAAGCUUAGAAGAAGAAAAUGCGGACACGUAUGGAGAAAAUGACGACAUUUCUGUAAUGAUUCCUUUGGUCCCAGCCGUCGAUUCUAAGUUAGAAAAGCGCUCUAAUGCCAUCCGCGCCAUAGAACGAACAGUCGAGGAAGUGGGACAAAUCAUGUCCCAAAUCGCGUUCAUCACAAAGCAACAAGAUGAAGUGAUCACUAGAAUCGAUGAAGAUAUAUCUAGGAGUGAAUUUCAUAUACAAGGCGCAUACUCUGAACUUUUAAACUACAUUCCAAAGAUUACUAGGAGUCGAUGGUUGUAUCUCAAAAUUUUUGCCAUAUUUAUUGUAUUCAUUAUUCUGCUAUUUGUGCUGAUCUAGAAAAUAUAACGGCCAUUUCUGUAUGCAAUGUAUAAAAAAAUAGUUUUCAACUCAUAUACAUUUAUUUCUUGCAACUCGGAUGUGGCUAUUGCC